AGUCCCAGUGUGGGUUUUCUUUGUGUGAAAUGAAGCCCUUUGGUGUCUGAACAGCUUCUCACCGGUAUUUCUUUCAUCUUAACCACACAGGCCAUGGAAUGGACAACCGACCUGCAAUGGCCAUUUUUGAACUGCUGGACUAUAUAGUUAAUGAGCCACCUCCCAAGUUGCCAAAUGGAGUUUUCACGCAAGAUUUCCAGGAGUUUGUAAAUAAAUGCUUAAUUAAGAAUCCAGCGGAACGGGCAGAUUUGAAGAUGCUGAUGAAUCACACCUUCAUCAAGCGUUCUGAAGUGGAGGAGGUGGAUUUUGCCGGCUGGCUCUGCAAAACAUUGAGGUUAAACCAGCCCAGUACACCCACCCGUGCUGCUGUGUGAUGGCCGAGCCGACCGCCUGGCGUCAGUACAUCUGCCUCUGUCACCAUUCCCUGUCCUUCAGUACACAACAGAACUGCCCUUCUUCCUUCUCCCCAGCCCCUUCUCACCUCGCAUCCCGCCGGCAGAGCACCAUCACUUGGAAAUGUUAAUCAGCUGCCCCUCACCCCAAGCAAAUGUGGGCUUGGUUUCUGUUGUUCUGGGGGCGUCCUGGGUCUCUGCUCCAGCUUGGAGCUCUUGACAAUUGGGAAAUGUGCUGCUUAUGUUAAUUUUUUUUUCUUUUUGGUUUUUUUUUUUUUUUUGGAAACAUGUUCACUUGGGUUUAAAAAAAAAAAGUGUGUGCACUGGUGUAUGUGUGUGUGAGAUGGUGGCAAGGGAUGGGCAUAUGGCUGUGGGAACGGGGCUUUGCCUGCUUCUGGGCUCCUCAGCUGGACCAGGAGCAUGGAGUGAAGAAUUUAGUGCUGCCAGAAGGGGAGAAACCUCAGAGGAUGUUCCAACCACGGCAGGUGCUGUGCCACAAAGCUGUGGCAUUGCUUGGAGCUGAGCUGUGUGCUGAACCAGCUGGCCUGUGGGUAGAGGGAGGCACAUGUGGCUUUACUUCUGCUGUUGUUUCAUUGGGUUGCUUUACAGCCCAUUCUGAUGAAUCGUCUUGAUCUGCUGAGUGCAGGCUGAGCUCCUGGAUCAGAUGGGAAAGGUGUGCAGGGCAGCUGGUGGGCUCUGCUGACCCUCCUGCAGGCAGAUCUGGGUGCACAGAAAGCAGGUGCUCCACAUCCACCCUAUUCAUCCCCUUGCACUGCAGGCAGCAGUUUGCUGUGCCUUGGGCAGGAUCCAUCCCUGGGUUUGCUGUGCCUCAGGCAGAGCAGUCCUAGAAGCCCCUCUGGCCUCCAGCUGUCCCCCCCACCUUCCCAAGCCAAGGCCUGGGGUCUGGCAGUGUGGGUUUGGUGCCAGUUGCCCCCAUGGAGAGGCUGGGCCAGGCCUGGACCUUGCUUAGGGGAUGAGGGGGGUUCAGUCCUCUCAUGCUGUUCAUAGUUCUCCAAAGGCUGCUUUCCACACUCUUUACCCCAUGCCUGGGUUGCUGCAUGCCCUCCUGCCUCACGAAGGGUGAGGGCUCUCUUGACGUCAGGGCUGAGCCAUCACCAUGCAUUCACCUCCAUCCCCUCAGGGCUGACUAUGCCUUAAAGCCCCAUCUCCUCCUGAGGGGGGUGAGCCUCCUUGCUUAUGGAUUUAUUUGGUUUUCCCUUUGCAGUUUGCCAAACUGGAUGCUUCUCUGGUGGGGCAGGCCUGGGAUUUGCUCUUCAGGAAGUGUGUUGCCUUGUUAACCCCCAUCACAGCCCCUUCCCCAUUGCUGGGGCAGGAGGCUGGCACCAAAAUGCACCAGGCAGUUGCUGUUGUUUUUUGCCCCUUAGGUGCAAAGUGGGGAGAUGGACAAUUCAUGAAGCGUUAGGGUUGUUUGUGGCUUGUUUCACUUUGGUGUUGGGUUUUGGAAGGGAAAAUCAUAUUAAACGUUUUGUUUCUUUUUAAAAACCUAAAUAUUUUCAUCAUGGAGAAAUAAUAA